AUGACUCGUAAUAAUCGUAAAAAAUCCGAACGAACUCCAUCACCAUCAACCAUUGCUAUUGAGGAUAAUAUGAUGACUUUACCUGAUCUUUCGGCUUUUCAAGAUGAUGAAAAACAACAUAUUCUUGAUGUUUUAUUACGUGAUGAAAAUCUUCGUAAUAAACAUUUAUCACGUUUUAUGUACGUAGAGCAUUUACGAAAAGAAGUAGCAGAACUUAAAGAACAUUCACAAUCAACAUCAAAAUCCACAUGUGCUCGAUGUCAAACGCCAUUUGGUUUUAUAUUUAAUACAGGUGAUACAUGUCCGAAAUGUUCUGCAAAAGUUUGUAAGCAAUGUCGACUUAUCUACAAUGUUAAUGACAAUAGCUGGCUAUGCCAGUUAUGUUGCAAACAGAUGCAAUUGAUGAGUUAUUCAGGUGAAUGGAUGUAUUCAAUUCGUAGUCAUUUUCGAAAAGAUUUAAUGGAUCCAUCAGAAACUUUGCAUGAAUCAGUUGCACCUUUCGUUUCUGCACAUAAUAUUAACCCUGUAUCAAGCUCGGAUUCUGAACCAGAAGAUCUUACUUCAUUAUCAGAUAUAAAAAAUCGAUUUAGUGUUCGCCCGAUUAAACAAAAAGAACCAAAUUCGACUAAUAAUAAAAUAAAUAAAAUGAUAGUUCAAAAUCAUAAUGAUGAACAAAAACUAAAUUAUCUUAAAAAACGUAUAGAAAAACGUCCAUUAGAUGCAUCAUUAACACAACCAUUACCAAGACGAAAUCGUCUACUUACAUCAAAUCGUAAUACAGUAAAUAGUUCAUCAGAUGAAGUUAAUUCUUUCUUAAAUUCAUCAAAAAAUCGUGAAACUCAAAAACUAACUAAACAAAAUUCAUCAAAAAAUCGUGAAACUCAAAAACUAACUAAACAAAAUUCAUCAAUAUCGACAAAUACAGAACUAUUACAAACAAAUUCAAAUCAACCUAUCAAUGUAAAUCAAAAUGAUACCGGUAGUCAAUCUGUACGAUCAACUGAAUUGAAUAAUAAUAAUAAUAAUGAUAAAUCAGCAAGAGAUGAAUUAAAAGUACCACGACGUCAUCAAUCAUUUAAUCGUAAGUUUGAACAAUAG